AUGGCAAUGCCUCCUUGUCUAAUUCCAGACGAUAAAGUGCCAAUCAUUCUUGCUGUCGUCAUACCUAUUGUUGUACUUGCUGCCUUUGCUGGAGUCUUUGCUGGGUGGAUGUGGAGGAGAAAUAAGGACAAGAAGAUGGCGAACAAGGGUGAUUAUAUAAAGUUAUACAACUAAAGAAAUUUGUUCGAGCCCUCUGUGCUCAAUUAGCCUGUUCACAGACCCUUUAUUUUCUUUUCAAAGUCCUAUGAGCGCGGGUGAUAAAAUAUAAACCGCAGGGAUUUAUUGACCGCCAGCGCAAGGGGGUAGUGGUGGGAGAAGAAGAAAAAAAGGGUCUGUAGACAUCUUUGGGAGCAACUGAAACUUGCUUUUCCCAGGAAAAGCAAAUUACCAUUGGCUGAACGGCGAUUAUCCUGUCAUCAUCAUGUCAACGACUCAUCACGCUCGCAUCAUGCGAGUAGAAGCGUUUGUCAUUGCCUGGACGCGUUAACCGCGACACUUACUAUUGUAAUUUGCAUAAAAAAUAACUUCGAUUGAAAGCGCCGCCGACUUGUUAACUUGCGAUGGAGUCAUACUACAAGCUUGUGUUGACCACGUUGACCAUAAUUGUCUUUUGUAUCGUAGUGUAAACUCUGACCACUGUUUGGCACAAUUUUUAAGCAUAUGCGUGUUCAAAGAAAAGCAGCGCCAGGCUGUUUUGAAUUUACUGGAGCAAAAGGGUGUUGUGGCGGUUCUUCCCAUGGUUUUUGCGAAAAGUUGAAUUUAACAUUUGUUCGGGGCAGUGAAACUCAAACGAAGAGAAAAGAACGUGGAAUUGUAGUUGCAUCACCAUUACGAAGUAUUAUGAAUGAUCAAGUUGAAGCAAUGAGAAAAUCUGGCAUUUCAGUCAUUGUAUUACCUUGCCGCGGAACCAUGAGGUGAUGCGGACAUUCUUUUUUUUAAAAAACCUAAAGGUAUUAGGACCGUUUAUACGAGAGAAAAUAAGCCGCGGCUUACUAUAGCCGAGGCUUACACAAGACGCCAAAGGAACCAUUUAUACGAGUACGGCUUAUGUUAGACGCGAACUGCUCGUAUAAAUGGUUCACGGCUUGGUUCACGGCUUAGUUCGCGCCCAGAUCGGUCCAAUGAUGACGUAGUUUGUUCUGGUGCCUCGUUUUGGGGUAAUUGCGUUUGCAUCUCACAACAAUGGGUCGGGCGAGCAAAAAUGCUAAACGACUGACUUUGGCCCUUAAAAAACGCUGUUUUUUCACUGUCUUUUUCACGUUAAACUGUCUCUUCGGUCGAGAUUGGUGGUGGGUUCCCAGGUAAUUAAUUGUUCAAAGAAAAUUGGGAAACUUAUGCGAAAACCCCGACGAAAGAUUCGACAGCGAUUCGUUGAGUGGUUUCAUCGAGAUGUCCCCGCAAUCUCAAGCUCGCUGCAUAUAAGCAGGAUUUGUUUUCCUUCUUGGGCACUCCACACAUUUCUUUUUUUACACGAAUCUCUAUCCGCCAUUUUCCACUUUGUAAAUGUAAACAAAACUCAUUUUCCCGCCACUGCAACGCGCGUUUCUCGGCCGUGAAGGUCUGGGACAUUACAAGCCGCAGGCUCGAUUUUCGGGGAAUAGCGACGUUCAACGUCGCGAUCUUCGCAUAUUUCUAAAGGGCGAGGCGCCAAGUCUAUUGUUUUGAACCAAGGGUUAUAUUACAUCAAGAGACCCGGAGCCUAUCUUAAAGCUGUCAACCAUGUUCGUUUUAUUGAGCAAUCUUUCAUCUUCGACACUUAAUCCAGUUUAUCUUAAGUGGACACCCAACGUAGUUGCUUUUCACGUGCACUGUCGAAAGCAUAAUAUCAAAUAGACUUCAAAAACUCUGCAUUGGAGCUUCACUCUUCGUCUUUAAUUUUAGCCGACCCACUGAAUAAACAGUAAAUAAGAACAAUGCUACCGAAAAAUAAUUACAACUGAGAACUUAAUGAGUAAACAAUGAAAACAACAACUCAAUAAUCUCUCAGGGAGAACACCCGCCAAAGCGGAUACCCGCGAGGUUUGUUCGGUUUCAACAUAGACGGAGGAAAUUUUUACAUCGCUAGUACAAAUCUGGCCUAAUUGUCACAUUUGAUCGAACAUAGAUAUUUACGCAAAAAAAAACUAUCACAGUUCACAAAUGAUUUAGACAUUAUCUUAAUAUUUUACCUUAAACUGUCGAAAUUAACGUAUUGCCGCCCGCGGACAAAACUAGCUUUUUUCCGGUUUCCGGUGUACAUCAAACACGGGCAUCACGCUGAAUAUUGUCCAGACUGAGAGACGUAGAUCAGAAAAAAAUCACAAUUACUAAAUUUCACUUUUGAAACCAACACCACUUGUCGUAAGAUUGGGCGCAUCGCAUAAGAGCUAAAGACUUAAGAGGGAGAGAAAAUAAAAAUCUACUGAAUUAUACACACUAACGAUAUGAACAAAAACAACAACUCUGUAACGAUUAGCUAAAACACGAUCGAUUCAAGCUGUGACUUACUUUAUACUUUAUCACCGCUUCUUAAGUAUGGGCACGCUGCCUGUAAGCCAUUAGGAAGAGGAGAGAAAAAUCUACCGAAUUAUACAAACUAAAGCAAUGUAAAAAAACUGCAUUUACUAGCUAAAACACGAUCGCUUUUAGCUAUGUACUAUUCACUUUAAAAAAAUCUCCCUUCACCUCUUAAACUUGGGCGCGCCGCUUGUAAGCCAAAAGGGAGAGGAGAGAAUAAUCUACUGAAUCAUCCAAACUAACACAGCGUAUGAAAACUGCAAUUAACUAGCUAGUAAAACAUGAUCGACUCAAACUACGAGGGUUUCAAUUAAAAAAAAUCUCUCUUCACCUCUUAAACUUGGGCGCGCCGCCUGGAAGCCAAGAGGGAGAGGAAAGAGAAACAAAACUAACACAGCGUAAGGAAACUGCAAUUGGCUACCUAGCUAAAACAUGACGAUUCAUUCUACGAGUUUUUUACCUUAAAAAAUCUCUCUUCACCUCUUAAACUUGGGCGUGCCGCCUGUAAGCCAAGAGGGAGAGGAGAGAAUAACCAAACUAACACAGCGUAUGUAUGAAAACUGCAAUUGGCUAGAUAGUAAAACAUGAUCGAUUCAAGCUACGAGUUUUUUUACCCUUGAAAAAAAUCUCUCUUCACCUCUUAAACUUGGGCGUGCCACCUGUAAGCUAAGACGGAGAGGAGAGAAUAAUCUACUAAAUUACCAAACUAACACAGCGUAUGAAAACUGUAAUUGGCCAGCUAGAAAACAUGGUCUACCCUUGAAAAGGGUUUACCCUUGAAAAAAAUCUCUCUUCACCUCUUAAACUUGGGCGCGCCGCCUUUAAGCUAAGAGGGAAAGGAGAGAAAAAUUUGCCCAAUUAUCCGAACUAACACAGCGUAUAAAAACUGCAAUUGGCUAGCUAGUAAAACAUGAUCGACUCAAGCUACGAGUGUUUGAAUUUAAAUAAAUCUCUCUUCACCUCUUAAACUUGGGCGCGCCGCCUGUAAGCCAAGAGGGAGAGGAGAGAAUAAUCCACUGAAUCUUCCAAACUAACACAGAAUAUGAAAACUGCAAUUGGCUAGCUAGAACACGAUCGAUUUAAGGAUCCGAGUUCUUUUUACUUAAAAAAUCUCUCUUCACAAAAUGCGUUCCUAUAAUCCAUUCCUGGAAAUUUGGAUCUGUAAAUCACUUUCGGUGGAAAUUUAACAUCGUGCAGAAAAUACUAAACGAGAUGGGCCCAGCGUGACAAAAAUUGAAGGAAACCAUCACAUUCACGGACAAAAGAAUAUCGCCUUUAGCUAUUCAGAUCCAGGAGGCACUUUGGAGAAGAAUAAACAACCUAAAUCUCUUAUUUAGCCGCAAAGGAAGAGAUUUACGUUUCAAAAGAGGUCGAAGAAAAUGCUCUUGCAUCAGAGGGCAAAUCAUGCCGACCAGAAACAAUAACCGCAGAAAAUCAAUAUGCGUGUCAUGACCUCUCGGUAUGAAACAAGCGGCAAAAUUCACAUCUACUCAUUCAAAGAGUAGAACCCAGAAUAUAAUAUACCCACCAGAGAAAACAAUUUUUGGAACCAGCAGCAUUUUAGCACGAGGUAAAAGUCGUGUGUUGCCUACCAGCCCCCUUUUUACACUCUGUUAGAUGGUUCGAGCAUUUUGGCGGGAUCACGGCUCUUUUGGCGCGUGUUGUAAAUGCCCUUUGAAUUAUAAUAUUUGCGCGUUAUUGUAUAGUGAUCGAGGAUAUACACAAUACCAAAGACAAGUAGAUAUUUUCCUCAGUUUGCUUUUUCCUGGAACCACGAUUUCUGUGUCGUCAAACCGGCUUCACCGAUGUGCUCGAACUCCGCAUGCGAGAGCCAUAACAAGCUGCCCCUCUACCUUUUAAAUAAUAAAGUUCUCUCUUACCUUAUAUCGGCGAACACAGUUUCUGUUCUUCGGACAUAAUGCGAAAUAACAUCCAGAACUCUUCACGUUGAACUUUUGAAACCAUUUCGGCGACAAUAUGUAACUUACCAGGUAACGUACCGAAUAAUUAUUACUUUGGAGGGUUCGAAUUCGACCUUCAUAAAGCGCUAGAUUUUGCCUUUCGCCUAAGAAACGAAAAAAAUAUUUCUUUUUUUCCAAGACUUGCAACAAGACCCUUUUUUUAACACCAACCAUGAAUUCAAGUAUUCAUUAAGCGAUUUUGACGAGAACCAUAGCUGAGUUAAAAUAUCUCGCUCCGAUGGUAUAAAUUCGGCGCGCAGAAGACAAGCUCUGAUAUUUGACGCAAAUUUGUAUCCUGUCCUAAAAUGAGUUUAUUGACAGAUGAACUGACAGAAAGCGAUUAAUGUGCACACCUGAGGUGCGCAAGGAAAUGUGUCAAGACUAACGCCUUUUAGUUACUUGAGUCCAGUUAAUGGGUAUCUCCAUGGAAAUUAAAGAUCCUGGUGCGUGCACGAAAAUCGACCUUGCGGCUCGUAAUGAUAAUUGAAAACAGAGCAUGCGCAGCAGUCGUUCACGGCUUCAGCAAGCCGCGGACAACGUUUGAGUGCAUUUAUACGAACACUUUCACGUCCAAGGUAAGCCGCGGCUUGGAUAAGCCCAUCCCAAAACCCCUCGGCCAGGAUAAGCCGCGGCUUGAGCUGGCCUUAGGUUGAAUAAACCGUGAACAUAGAUUUUGUACCAUUUAUACGGGGUGUUCGCGUCUCAUGUAAGUCGCGGAUAUAGUGAGCCGCGGCUUAUUUUCUCUCGUAUAAACGGCCCUAUUAUCGUCGUGCUCGCUUUCUUGAAAGCUGGCUUUAAUAAAAGAAAAUCCAGCUUGGGUGCUUGUAACCUGAUUACUGCAAUGCGAACAAACCCUACUUGACUGAUCUUCUGUUUGCGAAACAGUAAAACCAAGAUCUCUUAAAUCGUCCGCCAACUUUCGUUUUGGAACACCUUGCCGAACUCUCUCAAAAGAGGAUUCUCUGUAGCUUUACGGGAACGUAAUGAUUGCCCGGUGCUAUUGAGGUUAGCCUGCGUAGCAUGGCGGUUUUGUCGGGAGCACUACUAAGCGGCGAAGCCGCAAAAACGCGCACGAAAGGGCGCGCGAACAGACGGCAACGCCGCGAGAAAAAUAAAAACCACCUGCCCGGAUUCGUGGCUUUUUCAACUGCCACCUCCUUAUUUGGUUGGUUUCAGUUUUCCCAACCAAUCAGAAAUAAAGUGUUGACAGGCUAAGCUCGUGAUAUAAUGAAAAACGUGACCUUGGCCGGAAUUGGAGUUUGCUUGAACAAACACAGGUUUGUCUUCUUUUUUGCUAUCUCGCGCGUAGGUGACAACACUGCGUUAUAAAACUGACUGAGUAAAUCUUAUUUUUGCCGCAUUUAGUCUUACAUUUAUUUAGAGGUCAUAAAGUUGGUUUGUUUCAUCCAUAUUGUGUAAUUAUUUCCUGUGGUUAGUGCCUCUGUAGGUGUUUGUGAUAGAAUUUGUUGAUCUCAGAUGCAGUUCUAAAGAACAGUACUCCUUUGUUUGACCACUCUUAAAACCUAAGACUUUUUAUUACGGCUAAAUAAAUAUUUUAGCUUCUUUGGUUUUCUCCGACUAAAAUGUCUGGAUAAGAAUAACUACACCCAAUGAGCCUUGGCUUGUAGUUUCUUUGUCUCUGAAUGUGAUAAUUUCCGGCUAUGUUUUGACGCUGGGCCCAGCUUUUAAAUGUUGUUUGCAGGAUGUUGAAUUUUUACGGAAAGGGCGAUCUUCAGAUUUCAGUUUCAGCUUAAACUUAAGCUACACCAAGUAUGGAGAAUUAUGCUGUGCGUCUUUCGUCUCCUGUGUGCUAUUCAUCGACCACAAUCGCCGACACCGUUCGAUGUAGUGCGCUGGAGUGCGUUAUUCUAUUCUCUAACACCAAGUAAUAGAGAAAAUUUAGGUGGACUUUCUCGAAGCAGAUUUACUAUUGCUGUCGUAAGAAAGAUCAUGCUCUUGCCAAAACCUGUUGGCAACAUUUCCAUGACAUCUCUCCUUUGAAGUAAAUGGCAAAUUUCCAGUUCAGGCUUCAAUACAGUUGCCCUGUUUUCCCGUCGAAUAUUCAAGAUCGACAACGCUCCGGUCAACGCUCCUUUGAUAUUUUGAUUUUGUUUUGCGGAGAUGAUUUGUUCAGUCACUUGGAACUCUCCCAUGGGAGAUUACCAAAUAUUUGAUUGACGGGCAAACAUUCUCAUCCAAUUGGAACGAUCCGUAUGUAGCCCUACGGACCGACUCCAAAAAGGCCCCCAUCCAUGCAGGCGGUUUUGCGUUGCUCCCGCCCCAAUCUCCUCGCGAUUUCUCUACCCUCGCCCGCCUGACCACCCGCCUAUAUUACUUAGCGCGCCCAACCAAAACCGCCAUGCUACGCAGGCUAUAUUGAGGUAUACAAAGCACCCACAUUUUCUACAACAGUCCGAUGUGCCGAUUUGUUUCUGCUUCGGACCACUUUUAGCCGGCUUUUUCAGCGUAGAAGCAGAGAAGCAGUCUAAGGACGGUCUAAGAAGACAUGCUUCGACAAACACACGACUCCGAGUGUCAUUAUUGUUUGAUUGUAAAAUACUUAAGCCAAUUACACAUGCAGUUUAUAUCUCCAAUUCCGUUAGCCCAAUUUAAUUGGUACUAGGUAGGUAGAUUCUUUAUUUAAAACUCGGUGAAAUCUUCAGUAAUAAUAGAGUAAAAAUCUAAGUACCUAAGGGAAACGUAGGGUUCUUAUAAAACUAGUUUUUGGUCAAUUUGUCCAAAGCAUUUUUUGCGGACUUUUGGAAUGUUUUGGAGGACAUGACAUUUUGCUUAACCAAAAACCGUUAAAAAAGUUAUUUUGCAAAAAAAAAAAGCAAAACAAAACAAAACAAAACAAAAAAAAGAAAGAUGAAAAGAAAAAAGCCAAGUUGAUCUGUUGUGGCAAUUCAACGCCUGGCUGGACUUAUGGGAACGUUUUAUCUUUAUCAUAUAAAUCUGACGUGACCGUUUUCCCAUGUCUUUAGUGACGGAAUCAAUGCUCAACCGUAAAAGUAUUCCUCUCACCAAUUAAUAUCCAGUCCACGUCGUACCUUAACUAACGGUGUCGUUACUUUAACACCCUGCUAAGUUUAAUCUUUUAAUUCUCUUUUAGGGAUAGCAAAAGGAGGAAGGUAAUCUCAUGUUUUGAUGGUACCUUCAGUUCUCGCAAUUAGUCCUUUGAUUUAUCUGGCAAAAAUAACAUAUUUGAAUAACUAGUACUCUUCCUGGUAUCGUUACCUUCGAGCAAUGUUAAGUUAUUUGGUAAGAUUUUUUUUCGCAGAGACGAAACAUUUAACAUUUAACGUUUCAUUAUUUAAUUUUUAUACGUGGACCCAACUUGUAUGGCCGAGUGGUUAGAGCGCUGGAGCGCCCUGACCGCUAGCUGGAUUUGUUCUCGGUAGUCCCGACUGAGGUUCGUAGGCGUCGCUUAUGAAAAAGACAACUGGAUUACCUUCUGUAAUUUGGAAUUCUUAAUAUCGUUAUGUUGCCUUUGAAUUAUUUGCUUAAUGCUCAUUAUCCCUGAAAAGGACAACUAGGGGACAAGAUGUUUACACUUUUUCAUUUCCAAAAAUGACGCUAACUGGAAUCACUCAUUUAAAAAAGAGAGAGCAAAUGUCGAGCUUGCAUAUAUGUAUUCUAAUUUGCUGUCUUGUUGAACCAUUUCAGGCUGUAUGCUACUACAUGUGAAAAAACUGGAGAAUUCAAGGUAUGUUUCAGGUCAAAUAGCUACGAAAAAUAACACAUCAUAGACCCAAUACAAAAAUGGGUCAUGUAGCAGCUGCUCGGAAGAGAAGUCACCAAUGGUGCGUUUUCCUGUCCCCAAAAAACACUAAAACAAUUGGAAGAAUGACAGGUCAUUGUUUCCUGCGACCAAUUAGGAGAGAUCUUACGAGUUACGAGCAGCUCGUACACCACCCCUAAAAAUGGCUGCUGGAUUAAUUAAUACUCUUUCAUUUAAAUUAAAAUUAGCCUGACUAGCCUUCCCCGAGAUAAAGUAUUCUUUGGAAUUUUGCACUUAAGAACAAGGCUAGUAAGGCUAAUCUGAAUAUUAAAAAAAAGAAAUGAAACUAAUGUGGCCAUUUUUACAUUGGGUCUAUAAAGUGUCAUUAGAUUUCAACAUUGUUUCCCGUAAUUUCAAUGCAGUAUAUGCGCAUUUUUCAAAAAGAUGGCUAGAUAUCAACCAAGUUUCCGUUUCUGCCGGAAAUCUUUUCUUGAAGGGCAAGGCCUGUAAUCCUAAAAGUAGUAUAGUAGGACUGUGUAACUCCGUUCUUUAGGAGGUAAAUUAAUCUCAUUAACGAAUACAUUAACGUCCAUCAUCUCAUAGCUUUUUGAUUUUAUCUCUUGCAUAAAAAGCGGUGGAAUCUUUCUAGUCUGCUGAUGUAAGAUUGUUAAAAGUGGUUUCCAAUGUUUCGUUUGUUAUAAUGCUCCUUAAUCGUGACACCAAAGAAAGCCUUCUUUCAUUUAAUUUCUCUUAUCGAGGAUCUGGUGUGUUUACCAUCACAGGUAGGGCAAAUCUUGUAAUCAAUCAGAUGCGUACAAGUUAGAAUUCACCUAGACUUUAAGUUUGAAAGAUGGUCGUCCUUUCAGAGCAACCACUCUCUUGGGUUUCCUUGGCUUCACUACCAUUCGCAGAAACUAUCUCUUCUGCCUGAUCUUCUUCUCUAUACGAUGAACUAUCCGCAUUUAUUUCCCUCUCGGAGGUUUAUUCUCCAUUUCGAAAACCUUCUUCCCUUUCUAUCAAUAACUUCGACAUUUUUUGCUUUUAAUAAAACGCUAUGGCCGGACUCCCCAACCAAGCUCCGCAAGUCCUUAAGGUGAUUCCCUGGUUUUGCACUGCGCACCUCUUACUGCGCAUAACAAGAUGGCCGCCGUAAAAAAGAGCAUGUAAAGUAACAGUAUUAAAAUGAAGUUGACUGAAGAGAAACGCUAUUGGAAUUUUUGCUUGAGGUUGUUUCUUGCCGAGGUGAGAGUCAACGUGUUGGGAAUGUGCAUAACGUAAGCAGUACGCGUGUUGCUAAGUUCGACUUCCUCACGGAGAACCUCGAUAGUGGAUGUUUAGCUUACUCACUUUGAUUUUCAUUUAAACGCUUUCUUUAUCACAUUGUGUUCUAACUGUGAUAUCUCGAUGUAAAUUGUGUAAAAACGGAUUUUUUAAUACUUUCUUCCCCCUUUCAGCUACAUUCUAUUUUGAAGCUCGCCCCAGUCCUCUCUCAAAAAUCGGAGGAAAUCCAUUUGGUGCGCAUUUUCUGCAGCUCUACCGCAAAAACGAGUACGGUGACCCCCAUUUUUUAUUUCAUGAUUUUAACAAGGACAGUUCUUCCUUUCGAUGAGAAAAAAAUUGGCACAAAUCUAUGUUCAGUUUUUUGGCAAUUUUACUAAAUUGUACGGAUUGAGCUAUCACGGGUCGAAUAGCGCGUGUCCAAUUCAAUUCUACUUUGGAGCGUAAAGUAAAAACAGGGGCAUUAAAAGGCAUUUUUCUGGUAUGUAAGUGGAUAAACAAUACAAUGAAGUCAAAUUCUGUGCGAUACCACAUGCAUCAUCGAAAAAAUCUCUCCUUUUUGUCUAGUUUUGGGCUGCGCGAGGUUUUUGUCAAAGGGUCCAAAAUAGCCGUAUUUGUCAGCAUUGUGACGUCAAAACGAGCACGGUGACCUCCACUUUUUAUUACUUUUUUAUCAUCUUCUUGACUUGUUACAUCAUUGUACCAAGUUUCAUCCACAAUCUAUGUUAGGUUCUUUUACUAGGGAAUCACCUUAAAGAAACAUACUCAGGGCACGAAGUUUGGUUACGGCAUCGAUUUGAAGAAAAAGCUCAAAAUGUACCAGCCAUGUUUACUAGGGGAAUUAUGUGUUUGUUUCCACUUACAAUUAGAAUUGUCAGUGGAGAAUCCGGAACUGAAUAUCUCUUUACGCAGCCACGCUAUCUAAGAAAUCGGUAUGCUCUGCUUGGAAAAAUUAGUUAAAAUAUCUUAAUUCGUAGUUUUUAAUCCUCAUCAGAAGUUAGUCAGCCUUUUGUAUUUUCAGGGUCGAGUUCUGCGUCAACCAAAUCUCUCUUUCUUUUCAUCUCCGUCCGUGCCCGUGCCCGUGCCCGUGCCCGUGCCCUGGAAGGUAAACCUCGUGUGAGAAACUUAGCUCUCUUUCCUCGGUUGUAGCGUCAUCAUAAGCUAGUAACAAUGUGGACCAAUAAGUCUUUAGACUACGAGUAGUCCCCCAUUUUUCCUCAGGGAUAGUAGAGCGAGCAAAACGCGAGCGCGCGUGAAAAUCAAUCCGCGCGAGAAAAGGUGACAAGCGGCAGGGAGAGAGAAAAAAGAGGGACUACAGACAAAGCCCAAGCUUUUGACCCUUCACGGCCGACUGUUUUCGGAGUGUGAAGUUCGUAUCCCCUUCCAAAUCAAUUAAGCGCAUCCAAUGGGAUUCCUUCCCUAAUUGAGCUGUCAUUGCUCUUGUCAUCGGUAAACUGCGGGGGAUACUUAUUGCAAGCAAAAGAAAACCGAGAUACUAAUUUUCUUCACGGUUGUUUCGCGUGAAGAACUUGAUAGUGUAGGCAACACACGACUUUUACUCAUGCCAAAAUGUUGCUUGUUCCAAUGAAUUUUUUUUCUCUGACGGAUAGAUUAUGCUCUGGAGAAAAACGUUUUGACUGAGCAAAUGUGAUUUUUGCCGCUUAUUUCACACUGAGGGGUCGUGACACGCAUAUUAAUUUUCUGCGGUUAUUGUUUAUAGUCGGCAUGAUUUGCCGUCUAAUGUAAGAGCAUUUUCUUUGACCUCUUUUGAAAAGUAAAGCUCUUCAAUGCGGCUAAAUAAGGGUUUGGGGUUGUUUAAUUUCUCCGGCGAUUGCCUCCUGGAUCUGAAUAAUUUUAAGCAAUUUUCUUUUUGGCCGUGAAUGUGACGGUUUCCUGCAAUGUUUUGUCACGCUGGGCCCAGCUCGUUAGCGUUCUAGCAGGUCGGAUAGCGAUAUCCAAAUCUCGAAGAAUGGAUUGCAGCUUAAACUAAAACUACAUCAACUAUGGAGAACUGCGAUGUGACUGAGUCAUGACUGUUAACUGUAAGCUUAACAGUCUUGCCACUGUUCUGUUAUUCAAUUCCCACUUUGUGAUCAGACAAGACCAUGGUUUCGGUUCUCCACGCGAACCUUAUCAGUUGUCGGGUUGGCUUUCUUCUUAGUUGCUUCUACAAGCGCAACUCUGACUAGUUAUUUGUUCUUUGCUGUUAUUAGCUCUGCUCUAGUUAUUUGUUCUGUAAAUUAAGAUUAUGUCGAGUGUUGAUAGCGGCUGGCGCGUUUUUGACAGAUGUUGACAGACUUCCAUUGAAGAGCCAAUCAGAGUUUUGCGUUGUGAGAGCAACGCAUUAGUUCAAAAGCUUGGGCUUUGUCUGUAGUCCCUCAUUUUUCUCUCUCCCCGCCGCGUGUCACCUUUUCUCGCGUGGGGUGAUUUUCACGCGCGCUCGCGUUUCGCUCGCUCUACUAUCCCUGAGGAAAAAUGGGGGACUACUCGUAGUCUAAUAAGUGUUGGAUUAAACCAUGUGUCUAAUUGUACAAGGAUCUGCUUAUUUGCUUAGCAAGGCACAUUUGUUUCUUCUUGGUCUACUAAUAUAUAGAUUUAGCCAGGGCUAAAAGCGAAGCCUCCGUUUCUAUACUUUGAUAAAAGCAAUCAAAUUAAAGUAAUAACAUGAACUCUAAGCCAAAAAAAGAGAAAUAUUCACAUCCCUAAGAGCCUUCGGCAUCAGACACCUUUAGAGGGAGGGGCUAAAUGAUUAAGAGAAAAUAUCCCGCAUACAAACCUGAAUGGAAAAAAUUGUUCAAUUGUAGGUCUCUUAAGUAGCAGUAAUUUACAGGUAACGAUUUCUAGGAUCGGUUUUUCUGUGUUUAAGGGAAGACCUAAAAGAAAAAUCAGGCCGACUUAAAGACUUUUGUCUUCCCGUAAGCUCAUUACAUUUUCUUUUCUUUUCUUUCUUUUUUUAACGGGCCCGGACGAACAGUUAUGUGUAGCCUUUACAUUUAUACCUCACAAUAUCUGAAAGAAAAAUUUUACCGUAAGAUGUAUAAUAUUUUCCCUGAGGACAGACAUAGGGAAGGAAACGAUAACCUUUUUCGCUACUAAUGACAAUAAUCCAAUCUUUCACUACAAAUAUAAACGUUAAUACAGCAACUUGAAACUUAAAAAAAAAGGACAAACUCGGGCUCAAAAAGCCGGCGAGUCCGGCGAGUCUUGCCGUUUUAGAAUAGAGGAGAACUCUUUCAUUUUUUAGAUAAGCUCACUUUUUCAGUGAGAAUAAAAAGCCGUAAACAAACAACUGAAAACAAACGCAAACGCAAAAUUCAAGCGGUAUUCAGGGCAUAAGUUAUGGAAAAAUAGCAGCACACUGCACACUGCAAAAUUCUAGAAUGGCAAGUAAUGAGAAAAUGAAUAGCAAUUCAAUGCGGAACAUGUACAAAAACAACAGUUCAGUUUUAAUUCAAGAAAGGGCUCGUCUGAAUGUUUCUAAAAAUCUCACGAUCUGUAGUCUCAUGGUCGUUUUUUGAGCUAAUGUUAUGAAUGAACAAUGACAGAUAAAUAACUUAAUUUCUUGAAAAUUUGAUUCAAAAACCCAUAUGUUAAUCCUAAAAAGCAAUUCGCGUAAGACAAGUUAAAUCGUUGCGUUCACGCAAGUUAAAUCGGUCAAGCGCAUGGUAAAAACAUCAAUUUCAAAUGCACAUUUUGUGGUUUUUCUUUCACGCCGAUGUCAAAAUGUAGAGAACGUCCGUGAAACCUUUUUAAAUACAAAAAUUCCUUUGUAAAACGUACUUUUCUUUGAUCAUAGAGUACGGAAUGUACCUCAAGUGUCUUCUGAAACUUCGCUGUCUUGGUUGGUUGAAAACAAGCCAAGCGCUCCGAUCUACCGUGUAGAAAACAAGGUUGAAUUCCUCGAAAGACAAUUUCAUAGCGAAAAGCUUUCGUUUGUCCACAAAAAGGAAACUGAGCAUUCUUUUGAAAUUUCUCUUUCCAUUUGUGUCUUUUAUCGGCGUAUUUUCAAUCUUGAAAUACAAAACUGACAAGACAUUUUUCCUGAAAUCACCGAUAACUCCCUCAAAAGUCAAAUGGUCGGCCCCUAAAAUCCACCAAACAUUUGGUCAGUUGACAGAUUCUGAUUUGUCAAUCAUUUCUAAAGGCUUUUGAAACAAUAGGGGACAAAAUUCUCUAGGGGAGAGGAGAGGAAUUCGUUUCUACUUACCCCUACCCAGAAAGUCUGUACGGAUCUACGGACGGACGUACGGUGACGUCAUAACCAAAUUUUUUCGGAUGGAUAGUUUGCCAAAUUUUAUUACCCAUGGUGCUCCGCUGCGCGCGCUUCGUGCGCACGGAGGCUCCGCUAUUAAGUUAUGGAUGCAUUUGCACGGUUUGUGCUGAUCACUAAAAGAAGCCAUGGUUUCUCUCGUCUACCCACCCUCUCCCCCGAACAACUCGCACGCCUCUUUGGUGCCAAGCAGCCUGUUAAGCGCAUCUGCAUAGUAAGUACUAUGGAUUCCACGAUGUGGCGUGUCUCUGUACAGUGUUUCACGGAUGACUUCAAAGUGUUGUUAAAUGAAGGUACCUGAUAAACGCGUUAAAAACGUCGCAAUCAAUAAAUAAGUGACCACAAUCGUGAGGUAAAUGAUUAACGUGAGCUUAUCAGUGCAAUAUCUCUGUACAAUAAUUACAGUUGAAAAGAUUACGAGGUUUGUCGGUUCUGUUCUGGUUAUUUUUUUACAGUUGUUUCUUUGCUUAAUUUUUUUGUCCUUUUUCAUUUUAGUCCUGUUUUAUUUUUACGUUAGUAAAACCAAAAGAAUGUUGCAAUUCUCACAAAAAGUGGACAUGGAUAAAAAAGUAAACAGUCAAGUUUAAGUGGUGUUUUCUCGUUUAUCUAAGGCUGCAGUGCAAGUGGAUAAUCGUGAACCAGAACAAAUAUCCAUGAGACAAAUGACUUCAGAGGUUUCGUCUGGACAUUAUAUGCCACUGAGUAAGGCUAGCCAAUCAUCUGGCUCACCACAAGUCAUUCCGUCAAUCGACGCUUCAUCAUUAAGCCAGUAUGAACCUUUAAACCCAUCAUCAAUUUCUCACGAGAUUCUUCGCCAGAACGUGAUUAUUGAGAAGAUAAUUGGCAAAGGUACUUUUGGUCAGGUUGCCAGGGGUAAGGUUAAAGGCCUACGUGAAAGACAACAUGUCACACAGGUGGCUGUCAAAAUGUUAAAAGGUACAAGAUAACUUGAUUGAUCACUGUAUAACUAAUAAUGUAAGAAUUGGAUAACUGAAAAUUAAAGGAAUGUAACACAAACGAUUAACAAUGAAAACGCUCGUUACUUUACUUUUCAGCUGAUGCGCCGGACUCCGACAGGAAGGAUUUGUUAUCAGAGCUUGAAGUGAUGAAGACGUUAAAGCCUCAUCCGCACGUCAUCAAGCUACUGGGAUGCGUCACCCAAUCUGGUAGGUUAUUUUUAAAGUAAACUGUCUUUAGUCACCAAUUACUAUGCUGCAAGUAAAGGGUCAGUCCAGUCAUUUUAAUUGUGCCUUUUUCAGUCUGAGUCAAGUCUCUUUGUCCAUGAGUGACUUAGUGAAUAAUUUUUUUUUACUCAGAGCCGUUGCUAGUCUUAAUCGAGUACGUUCCGUACGGGGAUCUCCUGGGUUACCUGAGAAAGAGCCGUGGAUUAAAUGACACUUACUUCAAAGACCCAGAUAUCAAACCACAAACAAGUCUGACGUCACAACAGUUGAUGAAGUUUUCUUGGCAAGUUGCUGAUGGAAUGAGUUAUCUCUCAUCGAGAUCUGUAAGCUAAAAUAUUUGACUAUCGUGUAUUCAUCUAGUCUGAUGUAGACUGUCUCCAUUUUGCAAAGAAAAAUUAUACAGUUAAGAACACACUCAGGUCCCCUCACUUUCAGCUACACUUUGCUUUUGCGUUUUGAUAGACCUUCUACACAAUGGCGAUUUCAUAAAAUGUAUUUCCGGGUGGAUUGAUGUGAGUUAAGACCUUCAGACGUGAAACCCUUUCUACAAUGGCGAUUUCAUAAAUUUAUUUCCGGCUGGACUGAUUUGGAUUAAGACGUAAAGACGUGAAACUGACAGAGCUCUUAUUUGGACAAAAAUAUCAUAUCCAUUUGGUGUCAAAUCUUAGAAGAUGACUUCAAAAUUUAAUGAAAUGUAACAGUAUCAAAGUAAGACAGAAAGAUCUGAACGUCUUAACAGGUCCAUGUGACUUGCAAGGUUUUAAGCUUGUGUGAAAUGAAAUCUCACAUUGCAGAUUAUUCAUCGAGACCUUGCCGCUCGAAAUGUUCUGGUUGGAGAAAAUGAAACUUGUAAAGUGACUGACUUUGGAAUGGCAAGAGAUGUACAAGAACAAAAUAUUUAUGAAAGGAAGACAAAGGUUUGUAUUUUAUUGAAAACUGACCUACAGUAUAGGACUGGCACGCAAUCCUUUGCCGUUACCUGGAGGAAAAUGCGUAAGGUUUUGUUGAUUAUGUCGUUGCUUACUAGGUUUCAUGCUUUAAGAGUUGCUUCCAAAACUAUAGCCCACGAAGUUCAGGUAGUGUGUGUAAAAUUGAUAAAACAUUUGACAAGCCCAAAGAGCAAAAGAGACUAUUUUGCCUUUCACCAAAACAUGGGAUUAUUAAUAUUUCAUAUUUCAGGUGUUUAUGGUUGUCUGAGUGUGGUAAUAUAAAGACGUCCUUUACCAAGCAUUUUGACCUGAAUAUAGAAGAUUACUAACUUUAUACGUGAUAAAAGUCUUAGAGAACGGCUAAGUUGCAGUUAAACGUUCUUCGGUUUUGUCCUUCGACACUAAGACAGGAAGAAAGAGUAAAAAAGGGAGUUGCGUGCAAACGAAGCCUGAGUUUCAUUUUUGCAGUAACGAUUAUUUUAGAAAUUUUAAAGAUGGCUUUCUGAUUUUAUAUUUCGGAGUAUAUUUUCUACCGACUUUCUUUCUUGCUAAGAUACAGGGAAGCAAGGAAGUACAUUACCUUUUCAUUAUUUUUCCUACUUUUCGCCAACUCGCUAUUCCAUGUUCGACGUUCAUUUAGUAUUUGUCUUAUGGCCAUUUACUUUGUUGAUAUGUAGGGUCGUCUACCAGUGAAGUGGACUGCAUAUGAAUCCCUGCUCUACGGACGAUACACCACCAAGAGCGACGUGUAAGAAAACUUUCUAUAUAUGCAUUAACAAGUUGAUAUUUCGCAGAACUUUUUUUUAUUAUUUAUUUAAAAUGUAACCGGAGAUAUAUGUCACUUUUUGGUCUCAUAGGUGGAGCUAUGGAGUCCUGCUAUACGAGAUAUUUACAGUUGGUAAGAUCCUAUAGCUAUUAACUUACUGUGGUUUUCGAAUUUUUUCUUAUAAUUAUUUUGUUGUGAAAAACAUAGAGAAUGUUCCGAAAGAAGAAAGGUAUUUUGUUGUAACAUACUUUAGAGCUCAAGAAUGCAUACAUUAUUUGUGUUUUCCGUGGACGUUACCAUUGAUAACUUGCUGCCAACGUUAAAACCCCCAGCAGUACCAGAUGCGAUAAUGGCGAGCUUCAGCAACAAGAACGCUGACUCCCUAAACGUCGUGAACAAAAAUCGGAAGUUUGCUGCUUUGCAUGAUGGGACGCUACUUUCUAACCCAAGGAUUUUGAAAGCCUUUCUUUUAACAAAUAUUCGCGACUUUCAGUCAUUUCACAGCUCAAAUAGUUAAGUAGUUUGUCUGUGGAAAAUGGUUUAUUGGCUAUAACUAUGAUGGCGCUGAAUCAAAAUUUAGCACACGUAAACAACUCAUCGCCAUUAACAUUUUAAAGUUUUAAUUUUAUGUUGAUCAUUCACGUGAUAUGUCACGUGACCAUUAUAAAUUAUUGACCAAUUGGUGGCCGGUUGAAGAAAAGAAAUCGAGCAAUAACACUUUUUUUUAUUUAUGUUGAAUAAUUAUUUCUAAACUUCACGUUUGGAAUGACCGUUAACGGCACUUCAAGAAAAAAUAUGUGGAAAAACAUCAUUUUAAAUGUCCAAAUUUAGUCUUUAAUUAUUCAAAACUUUAAUUUCGAACUUUACUUACAUUCCGUCCUCGGAGACCCAGGGGCGGUCAGUGGGGCCGGGAGAAAAGGCGCGACGAACAUUUUCAAGCACAGGGGGAAAGGCCCCUUGGUACCGACUCUCACCAGACCAUUUCCAAACGGUCAAGCGAAUGCUGGCUCCUGAUUGGGCACAUAAAAUGCUUUGUAUUAUUGUGCCCAAUCGGCAAACUGUUUCUCCUGAGUUCUUUUCGUGAGUUCGUACACGACGGCUAUUAUCUCGCCAGAGUUGCCCGGUUUGUUCACCAAGCUUUCCUAACCAGAAACGAAGAAACUACCGAUGAGUCGAAAAACGUUUCGGAUGCUAUCAGUAGGAGCAAUUCACUUUGAACUGAGAAAAUUCUGUUUCUGAUGGACCACAAUGUAUCGUAAAUAAUAGGAAGUUUUAAGAUGCAGCGGCGACAAGAAAGUGAAAAAAGCAAUAGCUUGACAAGGCAAAACAACAACUUUGCACGUGCAUCACGUGGAGAACAGCGAGGAUCAAAAGAAGCUGUUUGCCGCUAGUAAUUGCUUACUAAACAGAGGAUCUGCCGACUGUCUACCUCCCACUAUUGAUAGGGCUCAUUUCGCCGAGGACAUCGGGAAGUUUUUGUACAGAAAAUAGUGCAUAUUAGGAGUCGCCUCAAUUGUCAUGGUGCUGUAAACUAUCAUAAACCUGACAUACAGGGCAUUGAGUCGCCUUUCGUCCACCUCACUGAAUUUAAGAUGUUAACGGAACAAGAUGUGAAGUCUCUUAUGCAGCAUUUGUCUCUAAAAUCUUGUGCUCUUGACCCUGUGCCUUCAACUUUGGUCAGCCGAUGUGAUGCCCUACGUUUUUCUGUACUUACAAGAUUAAUCAAUACAGUCGAACCCCGCUAUUUCGAACUCGGUUAAUUCGAAGUCCCCGCUAUUUCGAAGGAAGAUCGAAUUCCCUUGGAUUUACCCUUAUGUUUUCAGUCAUUUACUAUCAGUUAUUUCGAACUCGGUUAUUUCGAAUUCCCCAUUAUUACGAACUCAUCGUUCUUUCCAUACACCUUAAAUCAACCCCAUUAUUUCGAACUUGUCAAUAACGGAGCACGUACAUAAGAACGCAGCUGGAAACGUAUUGCAUUUUAUUUGAGCUCGUGUUGCGUAAUUAAUGACCUAACAAUGCUUGACUCACGUGCAGUGUCCCGCUAAGAAAUUCUAGCUGUGUUAUUCAAUUACAAAACAAAACGCACUGUUAGUGAACUGUUCUUCCGGCUGAAAUACUCAGGUAUGACCUCUGCUGUCUCUAUUCUGAUCAUUCGACAUUGUAAAGUGAUAUUCUGAAUUUUCUUUGGUGAUUACAAACGUCCUUUGAGAUCUGCUUGAUGAUUCAUCUCUAAGCAUUUCGCAUUUUUUUACAAAUCAGCGUGAUAACGUGAGAAUCAACAUCUAACACUCAUCUAGGCUUGAAAGCUGUUUCCGCGGGACCUCAAUGUUUUCUGCCCCGUGAAAUGUAGAGUGCACGGCACUGGCAUAUCUUUUCCAUCUCCAAGGUUGACAGGUUUGCCCCUCACGAUGACGCUGCAUGAACCGUCUUUAUCACCCCUCAAAAAGCAAAAUACCGUUUUGGCAAAACGUCCACUUUUUCCUUUCUUUAAAUGUCCAACAACGUCUUCACCUGACAACACGCACACUGCAUACUUGUCCACAACGUUUUCUGGCUCUGUUCGGGCCCUUAGUUUCUCGUUGACCACACGAACCCAUUCAUUUUGGUAGGCAUGAUAUCCCUUAACGUGCGAGUCGAUUUCGAACGAGGCGAGCGUGCACUGGGGAUCCAUUGCAGCGCUAACUGGAGUUCUUUUUGAGCAAUGUUCACUGUACUUUGACCCUUUGUCACUACAGUAGUUCCAUAUUACAGUUUGUUUCAGUCGCGCAAUUACCAGUUAAUCUCACCUGAAGGAGUCACAGUUGAAUGGUCAUCCUAAUGAAGGUGGGCAUGUUAGGGCAAGCCUAGUGACGUCACCCAUAGAUUUGCUGACUCAACAGAAUUUGUUUCUAUUUUUAAACUAUGACGUCAUUCUUUUGAAUAGAACAGGUAUAAAAGCCGGAUAUUAACCAUGAAAAUUCAUUUGAGAUCAUUGUGUCAUUGUGUAAACAUCGAUCAUGUCGAAAGUAACGUAUCCACGAGCUUGCCCUAAAUGCGGGAAGAAAAUCAAGAACAGGGGAAAUUUCUUUCGUCAUAAGAAGCAUUGGGGGACUUCAGAACAUCGAGCACAAUGUCCACACUGUCCUAAGACAUAUUCCAGAAAAGAUGAUUUGAAGAAAGAUUUCAAGAAUGCUCAUUCUAAAGUAGGGAAAAAGAAAAGCUGAAGAAAGCGCGAAACUGUUACGUAUGGAGCUGUUGAAUUCUGAAAAGGUACCACGUUGGAGUCUUGAAAACCAGAAAGACGGUGCUGUGACUACCUGUGGUACGAAACCUGAGGCUGCUGAAGGAGAAUCGAAGCAAGAUGUCAAAAUGGCUAAACCAGAGGUAGUUGAUCCAGUAACAGAGCCUACUGACGAAUACGGUGGAGGCCCAGAUCCACUCUAUGUAGCUGAUUUUAAAAAGUUGGGGCCGGCAAAACGUUGGAAGAAAAAUACAUUGGUUAAUCAAAAGUUCAUCAUAACAUUAGACCAAAAACGUGGACCAAGAGAAUGCGAAGAUUUAAACAUUAGCGCCACAUAUGCCUUGGCCGUUGCCAUGGACAAUCUCAUUGAGGAUCUUCAAGUCCCUGAUGAGUAUCUGAUGACACUUCAAAUUGGCAGCAGAGGGCACAGAAAAGAAGGAUUGACGGGAGAGACUUGGAAAGUACCAGUCGGUGACUUAACAGAAAGAGCUCUCUAUACACAAGCAUUGUUGGAGAACCUAACUAAUGUGUUAAACAGUGAACAGUUUAUUACCAACGACGUGGCAUUUUCUGCAUCGAUUCUUUUCACUCGCCCUGAGAUGAAAGGAGGCAAACGGGCAGGAGGCGGCCCAGGCCAAAAAAUUUAGGAACACAUAGCCAAAGAGUCACGAUGUGUGUGCGAAAUAAAGAACAAAGGCAAGCUCUAUUGUGCAAGGCCAUUGUGGUAAUGAGAGAAUAUGCCGAAUGACAGGUAGGUAAAUACCUUUGAGGACAUUAGACAAGCUCGUGGGAAAAAUUCCCAGAAAGUCAGAGAAGCCAAGAAGCUCCAUGCAGAAGCAGGUGUCCCUAAAGGUCCUUGUGGUUUGGAGGAAAUACAAAAAUUCCAAGAGAUCCUGGGUCCUCAAGGAUUUAGAAUUAUCGUCGUGGAUGCCUCUAAAGGCGGUGCAAUUUCUAAAGGGGAUACAUAUCUGGAAGCAGACAAAUUGAUUGCUCUAGUGAAAUCAGUGCACGAGGAUUAGAACGGAGACUUGAAAGCGCACUACGAUGGUCUGUAUUCGAUCCCAGGAUUUAUGAACCGCAGCUACUUUUGCCAUCGUUGUUGUAAGGGGUACAACACAGAAGACAGUGCCCACCAUAACUGUCAAGCUCAGAACUGCCCUGCCCGCAAAAGAAGUAAAUCCAAGGAUGAGGAUGGGCGCCAAGAUUUUAAAUUAUGGGCGAAACCAGAUCGAAGUUGUAUCAUGUGCAGACGUGAAUUUUGUGGCGAAGACUGCUUGGUCAACCAUCUCAUGAAACAACAGAUAGAAGAUCCAUCCUUAAAAAGAGCGAAAAAGAAAUGGGAAGAAGAGUAUGGUGGGGACCUUCCCCCAAUAGCUGAAAUGAAAAGUGUUUGCGACCAGUUUCGUAAAUGUAAGGAUUGCCUGGUGUCCUAUAAAGUAAACGAAGAAUUGGAACACAAGUGCCUUCAUGCGAUGUGUAAACAUUGUCUUGAGUAUGUAAACAUUUAUGAACAUCGAUGCUUUAUCACCUCGGAGGCGGAAAAGUGUUUUAAAUGGAACUUAGGGCAAUUAAGACAAGAGAAAAAGACCAAGGAAAAGCUUGCUGCCAUGGUUGUUGGAGGAGAUAGGCUGAAGGAUGAUUGUUUGCAAGUCAUUAUUGAGGACAUGGUUCUGCGACGUAAAAAGAAAGUUCAAGAACUGAAAGAUAUUAACAAGGGAAUCCCCAUGGAAGAAAUCAAGAGAGGUAGAAACGAAGAGGCAUUGAAUGAUUUACGUGAAAGGGUGAUGCUGCAAUUGGUACAAGAAGGAAUAGAACUAGAUGAGAUAACACUGGACAUGGUGGAGGAACGAGUGAAUGCAACCCAAGAGAAACAAGCUCAGGGUGUAUCAGCCCCCGAACAAGUAAUGGUCUUUGCAGAUGUCGAAUGUAUACUGGACAGUACCAACAUGUUUGUUCCUAUUUCGAUCUGUUUUGCACGGGAGGAUGCAUGAUGACACUAGUUUUCAUCAUUGGGGUAACAACUGUGUACACGCCUUCAUUAAAACGAUGAUUGGUUGGAGCAAUCAAGACAACGAGGAAGAACUACACAUAUUCUUUCUUAACCUGAGAGGGUUUGAUGGUAUUUUUAUCUUGGAUGCCCUAUACAAUAUGAACUUGAAAGUGACCGAUAUCAUGGGGACAGGGACCAAAACCUUACAUUUCAAGUACAAGAGCCUGGUGUUUAAAGAUUUCCUGUCUUUUCUCAACAUGCCGCUGACCAAUUUCACCAACACGUUUGGACUGGAAGAAUUGAAAAAAAGGUUGGUUCCCCCACAAGUUUUCGAAGUUGCAGAAUUUAAAUUACGAACGAACAAAUCCAGCCCUCCACUACUAUGAACCACAGCAUCUGGAUGCAAAAAAAGAAAAAAGACUAUGAAGACUGGCAUGCUAAAGAAGUUCUCAAAGGAGAAGUUUGGAACUUUAAGAAGGAGCUGUUGAGUUACGGCGAGAGUGACGUCAAACUCCUCAAAGAGGGCUGUCUAAAGUUUGUAGAGGAUACCAAACGGGAUGCUGGGUUUAAUCCACUUUUACAAUGUAUCAGCUUUGCCUUCACAUGUCAUUAUUUCUGGCGUAAUUUUCAGACGGAACCCAGCACUAUUGUGGUAGAGCCUCCUCACGGCUGGGGUGGAUUAAAGACAUCCCAAAGCAAAGUGGCGUUUCAGUGGUUGUAUUACCAAGACAAACAGUUAGGUGGAAACAGAAUCAAGCACGCCCGUGAACAAGUGGUGGUGAACAAGUGGUGGUGAACAAGUGAUUCCAGUAAAACGAGGUAAAGUCAAAGUGGAUGGCUAUGACCCAAGCACAAAAACAGUCUAUGAGUUUCACGGGUGUGAAUUUCAUGGAUGUAGGAAGUGUAAACCCAACAACAGACAUGUGAAGACAUUUCAUCAUUCAAAUCGUACAGUUGAAGAGAUGUUUCAAACAACAAAAGGCAAAACAGAACUGCUACGAGCGGCUGGUUACACUGUGAUUGAGAUGUGGGAGUGUGCGUUUAAGAAAGAAUUGAAACAGAACGAAGAACUAAAAGAUUUAGUGAAGAACAUGUCAUGGGUAUCACCAUUGGAUCCAAGAGAGGCUUUCUACGGCGGACGAACUGGAAUGGCCAAAUGCUACCAUGCAGUGGAAUCAGGAGAAGCGAUUAUCAAGAUUUCACAAGUUUGUAUCCAACCAUCACCAAAUAUAGCACGUAUCCGACAGGUCAUCCACAAAUCUUGGUUAAUCCAGAGAGUGAAAACAUCGAUGAUUACUUUGGUUUAGCUAAAGUAAGUCUCUUAGCCGCGGAAAAGGUGUUUCAUCCAGUCCUUCCAGUCAAAAUGAAUGGCAAACUGAUGUUUCCAUUGUGCGGAAAAUGUGCGGAAGAACAAUUAGAUCGUACAUGGUAUCAACGAACGAACCUCUGUCCACAUAUAUAGUGAUGCAGAACGAACAAUUCACGGUACAUGGUGUAUUGAGUACAAGGCGGUGGAGGUUACAAGAUAAUGAAAAUCCAUAAAGUCUGGCAUUUCACCAAAGACCAAAGGAAAGAGGGCUUACUUGCCCCCUAUGUGAAUUCAUGGCUCAAAUACAAAAGCGAAGCGAGUGGGUGGCCAAAACAUUGUGACACGUAAGAACAGAAAGAUCAGAAAGUCGAAGAUUUUCAGGGUAAAGAAGGAAUCAAACUGGAGAACAUUCAGAAAAACCCGGGACGGAAACAAGUGGGAAAAUUGAUGCUCAACAGGUGAGUGUUAUUUGCAGUCAAAGUCUGCAUGUAAGAAAGUUAACUUGCAGUGUUUUACUGCAACUAAGAAAUGAACUUGCGGUAAAAGUCUGCAAUUAAGCCAAGUCGAACUUUUCUAGUAUUGGUCAACGCGAGUUGCAAAUGUGAACUCAAAAUAAGAAGGAAUUGUAUGGGAAAAUGGUGGAAAAGUGUGCAUUUAAGAAAGUUAAUUUGCAGUCAAAGUCUGAAAAAUUAUAAUGUGCGGACGUUCACGGAAACGGGCGAAAACUAAUGGUUUGUUUACUUUUGUAUACUUUCAGCGUUUGGGGAAAAUUUGGCCAGAAGGAGCAUAGACCUGAAACAAUAGCCAUCCAAAACGAAGACCCUUGGCAACGAAUUGUUCAGGAUGAAACAGUGGUUGUCAAAGACACUUGUAUCUUCAACAAAGAUGUCUUGGAGGUGAGUGUGAUGAAAAAGGAGGAUGCGUGUGAAGGAGUGGGGAAAACUAAUAUUUUCAUUGCCAGUUUUACAACCGCUUUGGCAUGUCUCAAACUGUAUGAAGAAUUGCAAAAGCUGGGGCAACAAGUUCUUUACUAUGAUAGAGACUGUGAUUUAUCGGUUGAGAGAAGGCCAGCCCUAUAUCCCCAACGGCAUCUUCCUGGGACAAAUGACAGACGAACUGGAAAGAGAUCCUAUUGUGGAGUUUGGAUCAGCAGGACCGAAAUCUUAUUGCUAUAGAACACAAGGGGAUAAAAAAGGAUGCAAGAACAAAGGCACCAAGAGUUCCUACGAAAUUAAUCAGGUGUUGAACAGUGGUUCAAUAAUGCAUCACAUCCAACGAGAGGUGACGAACCCCUUGCAAUGCAGAAGAGUGAUGGACAUUGACAUUAAAAAUCAUUUUGUAAGAGAAAACACUCAUAAAAGAGUGAGGUUACAAGAUUUAGUCAAAGUGUUUGGUGUUAACUGUGAUAAGCGUGUAGUAGAACUACGGAUAUGUGCGAUUAGGUAGCAACUAAAACACAUUUUUGAUUUGUUAACUGAGAUAAGAUGUUUUGUUCAAUAAAGAGUGGAUUGGAACAAUAUGUGUUUUUCAUGGCGUGAAAAAUACCAAACCCUAACCCCAAAACUAGAAAUUACCAAACCCCUGUAAUUGCUGAAAUUCUGGAGGUCGCGAAUAAUCCAAAUCUCAACAAAAACAGGGGUAGCACGGUGCGAGGCGAUAGAUGAUUCGAACUCCACGUGAUAGAAUAUUAAAUCUGAUUUAAUGUCAGAUCCUUACAGUUCAUAACAAUAGCAGUCGCGUGUACAACAAUUCAAUGUAAUAGCAAUGUUCGUAGCCUAGUUACGACGUAACAGAUCGCAGUAAUACACGCAGUAGACAAAGCAGACGUAGUCGACGUAGCGAAACGUAGACGUAGACGUAGCUAGACGUAGGUUCGAACUGAAAGCGAUAAUUAAAGAAUACGAACUACUUAGAUUAACUAUGAAAUUAAGACUAUAAGGUAGGAUAAUCUAAACGACAUAAGACUAUGACGCAAGAAACAGAUAACUGAAAAAUCUGAUAAUUGAUACUUGAGCUAAUUAACCGAGACAAUAACAUUUAACUCUCAGCAUGAAUACAACAAUCAGAAAACUAUCGUAGCGAUUCCGCUUGAACAGAACUUACCUUAAAAACACUAAACUAGAUUAUAUAAAAUACUUUGGUAAUAGUAACAAUAAUCAAUCCUGUUUGAUUCCAGCAGACUCGUCUUCAAAUCAAUGUCCUCCUCAUAGGAUAGCGUAAAGACUUGAUAGGUCCAUGAAUUACAGUACUAAAUAACUAUAAGAAAAUAAAAGACUUACUUUGGUCGACGCCUCGCAUCAAAGGUAGCAAAAACUAGCAGUCUAGCAGCAGCAGAAUAUCUUGUGAUGACAACUCCAAUGAUAGCGGGAUAACUUAUAGUUUCUAGUAUUGCGUUGCCUAUUUUAUAAUAAAGUAUACGUGUAUUAUGCCUAGGGCGUUAACUAAGUAAAAUUGUACGUACGCUUUAUAGUAGAGCAGAUAUGUGCUUCAAUUGUUCACUUUCUGUUAAAAGCAUGAAAUUUGGCAUGAUGAUAGUUUUCAAAGCCCUAAAAAAGAUAGGAUAUGGUGCCAUCUCCAAAGAGUCCGUUAAGUGCGAAAAAUAAGACUUUUUAUUAUGGCGGCCAUUUUGAACCGGAAGUGAAAUUAACAUUUUCUUUAAAACGUCUGAAUUUUAGCAACAUGGAUAAGAAAAUGUCAGCAAAUGCCUAAGGCAGCUGUUUUUUCAUGCAAAGAGAUAUUAUUUCAACGCAAAUUGUCUAAAAAGUAGAAUAGAGAUGAUAUAAGUGGCCGCCAGCUAGACCGGAAAUAAAACUACCAGAGUCGGAACUAGACUGCAAGCAGUCUCUCUUUUUCUUCAGGUUUAUGGCCAUUUGCGUGUCUCGCGUUUUGCUCGACGGACUACAGAAAAAAGAGAGACUGCUCGUAGUCUAAGUCGGAACUUUUAAGGAAUGAGCUUAAAAUUCUGUUGUGCCUGCUAGUUUUCUUUUCAUCACGUAUAAUCCAUUACUAAACUUGAGCCUACUUUGGCUAUGAUACAGAAUAUCGAAGAAGAACAAAUGAUAUCUCAGUGACCUAAUGACUUGAUACUUCAUCCAGGCGAGUGCUUGUAAUCGAAAAAAGAUUUGGGGAUCGCCUUUCACGAUUGUCACUCUUCUGGGCAUAGCCCUUCUUACGAGCGUACUUUACUAGUUCCACCCUCAACAGGAGAGUCGCCACUCUCCUCUCAGAGAUAUCCAGCCCCAAUCUUGCAGACUAGGAACCGAGAUGCUUGGUACCAGUGCCUGCUGACUCCAUAUGUGGCCAGCAUGGUUCGCCGUGCCCUUGAAAUGUUUAAAUAAUGCAGGCCGGGUCAAAGAAACUACUUUUGGCUUCGUCAGUUGACGGUAAAGAACUACUUUUUCUAUCGUAUAGAAGAACGUGUAAGCGAAAACAACUCCGAUUAUUUCUGGAGGUGACCAGAAGUAUUAACCUUGACACAUCCUGUGAAUGCAUGGAACGGAGGAAGUGAAAGUGCAACUUUUUUAGUAAACACGUUAGCAAUCUCGUAGGCUGCAAGGUAGCGUAGAUGUCCAUUAGUACCAAGAUAUAUGAUAAGGAAGCUAACUUGACUUCAUGGUAGAGAAGCUUCAUGGGUAGUUAGCACGGAGAGUGGACUCAACGAAAAUGUCUCGGACACAAACAACAUAUAGAGAGUUAAAAGAAGGGAAUCUGCUUUGUGAUAUAGCAUAACAAUAAAUGCUUUCUAGCGAAUUGACUUCAAACGAUGCAGGGAAAAGACUGGACGUCUGGCCCUAGACGACAUGCGUUGCUCAAGGUGCAAGGAAUCUAAAAAGCACCUGCUUGUUUCGAUCUUUACAAAAGAACUAGCUUUUUCCAGUUUCUUAGUAUAGCUCCUGAUACACGUUUACCCCAGAUCUUAGUCUUCAAGCUGUUCUCGGCGCGACAUAUUUUUCACAUACUAUAUCCAAGAGAAUACGUUUUACAUGCUCAGGGCAUUAACGUAAGUGAUGCAGAUUCGGAAAACGCUUUUUCCUUAUUUUCUUGCAUGUGGACUUUAGCAUGAUAGUCAGUGCUGCUCAGUCCAUGAUGAUUAAAUGGCAUUCUGGGGGUGGUUACAUUGAAGAUUAGAGACUUAACACUCACUUCUGUCGAGAGAGGCGCAGAUUCACUUGAUAGUGAAAUACAGCUGAAUUAAACCGCCGCCCGGUUAGCUCCAGGUGGAUGAAACACCGGUCUACUGAGCGGGAAGCCGCGGUUUCACACCCCGGCCAGACCAAUUGUCGAUCAGGGUCUUUAAAUAACUGACGAGAAGAGCUGCCUUUUUAAUGUCAUCUGCAAACGGUUAGACUUUCUAGUCUUACUGGAAUAAAAAACACCUGUAGGCCCCUUCUCACGGUCCUUGUUCAUAUAAUAUGCUGUGGGAAGUUAAAGAACCCAGACACUGUUUGUAAAGAGUAGGCUGAGUAGGGGACCCAUUUACCUUCCAAACGGAUUUCCCGGAAACUUUUUGAAAAUGGUAAACUUUGAAAUGAGCAGACGUUAUCGUGAAAGCAAUUUCAAUCCAAUAUGUACAUGCACAGAGUGUUAUUUAUACUCCUCAAUAACACAAAAUGGUGGAGCUAUUAUACCUCAAAUUACUUUGAAAACCGCAAAGCAUUCUGCAUUCUAGUUAAUAGUGGAUCAACUCUUUUAACCCUUACAAGUUCUUCAAACUGGUCUCUAUAUAUUUCCUUAAAAGGAUAAGUUGAGAGAAUUUGAUAAAAGAUCAAAGCAUUUUCUCUUAGGUGAUAAUUUUAUUAAUUCUAAGAACCUAAUCUCUUAACCUUGUAUAAGGGGAUAUUGUGAGUCAGGAGAAAAUUGAUGUUGGUCACCAUUGGGACUUAAAGGGUUAAACCAAGUAAAAAGGAAUAAUUUGUUUUUUGCUUGUUUAAUUUGUUCGUAUGUUUGGCCUUUCCUAUGCUUAAAAAUGUGAAUCAUUGUUUCACGUUUGUUUUAAAUUCACUACUGAAAUGAAUUGCUUUGAAUGAGUUGCAUUUUCCAUUUUGGCCCGCUUUUACCUCCGGUUCUUUCAUUUAAACCGCUAAUUUGUAACACGGUUGACUUUUUUAUAUGACAUAAAUUUCCGGAAAAACAUAGAACAAGCAAUUUUGUCGUCAUUUUGACCUUAACAUGCUAAAUUUCGUGUACUUUCGGUUAGGUGAUAUUUACUUCCGGUCAAAAUGGCGGCCAUUUUAGUAAUAACUCCAAAAGCCGGUUUAACAGGAAAAAUUUGCAAUGGCACCACAUCACAUAUUAAUAGCCACGAUUAGUUUAUAUAAUAAACAAUUUCAUCGUUAUUUUGGCUUAAAAAAUGCUUAAUUUUGUGUACUUUCGGUUAGGUGAUAUUUACUUCCGGUCAAAAUGGCGGCCAGUUUAAUUUUCACUCCAAAAACCAGUUUGACAGGAAAAAUUUGCGAUGGCACCAUAUCACAUAUUAAUAGUCAUAAUUAGUUCUGUCAUUCCUGAAAAUUUGGUGCUUUUAACAAAAAGUGAACAAUCCGGCCCCAAAUCUGCACAUAUCCGCCCCACUAUUACGCGUUUCCUAGCGGAAAGUACCGCACCAUGACAUAAGCGUGAAAACCUACAAAAUGUUUCUAGAAAGAUUGAUAUAAUCACGCUCUAUAAGCUAAAAAUAAACAACUACCUUAAAGCAACUAAAAAAUAUUAUCAGACAAUGAAAAAAGCGUUUCAAAACUAACAACCCCUAACCCUUAACCUGGAAACGUAAACCUCAACCAAACCCUAACCCAAACCCUAAGUAGCAUUUUAACCCUAAGUUGUGAAUAUUAACCCUAAGUGUCUAACCCCAACCCUAUUUAGCAUUUUAACCCUAACCCUAGCAUUUUAACCCUAAGUCAUGAAAGCUAACCCUACCCCUAACCCUAACCCUCAUUAGCAUUUUUACCCUAAGUUUUGAAUGCUAACCCUAAGUGUCUAACCCUAACCCCAAUUAGCAUUUUAACCCCAAGUUGUGAAAGCUAACCCUAACCCUAAUAACCAUUUUAACCCCAACCAAGAAUGCCAAGGGACUAGGGUUUAACCCUAACCUCAUUAGCAUUUUAACCCUAAGUGUCAAACCCUAACCCUAAUUAGCAUUUGAACCCUAAAGGAGGUAACUAGAGGGGUCUGGAAACGAGCAAGGAAAAUCUGUCGACUCAGCACAUUUCAAUAUAAAGAGUUUUACGAUUUAGUUGUGUCUUCAAACCAAUCACGAUGCAGUCAGUGUCUAUGCAUGAUUUGGAACAAUUUUCUUACUGGCAGGAAAAACGUCUCACUAGUUCACAUUGGUAUAAUAUUUACAAUCCAGUCAUUUCUGUAGAGUUGACUGAAUUAGCAGACCGUGUGGUGGGAAAUAAUGAGGCUGUAGAGGAAAUCCAAUUGGAUCGGACUGUUUAACAGCACCGUGUCCCUGCAUGGAACGAUAGUUUAUUGAUGUCAAUGAGCGAUGCUUUAUUACGGUCACUUCAGCGAUUGAUUACAGACCAUGGGUACCCUAUGAGAACGCUAUGUUGUGUCUCACUCCAAGCGGUGGAACCGUUACCACUACCAAUAACAAGAUGUUUAGGUGUGUUAACAAAUAUUGCAGUGUUUACUUUCUUUCCAUGUCACUCACAAAAACUUUAUUAGCCAUAUUGGACUGGCUAAGUCAAAAAUGGUUGAUGACCCAACCACAAACAUCAUGCAUGGAAUUUAAAUUAGUCAUCACCUUGAUUCAUCAUGAUAACAGGGCAUGACGUCAUAGACAGAAAACAAUACUUAACCCGAACAAGCCCAUUGACGUCACAGAAAGAGAACAAUACAUUGUCUGAACAUGUCCAAGUUCCCAAGGGGAUUUAGACCUGGACAUAAAUUUAAGUUGUGAUUGUCAAGAGUCUGAAAACGUGAAGGCCUUAUCAUCAGAGAAAUGGCUGGAAAAUUGGUUGACUUUUCCUUCGAUGGUGAGUUGAAUUUGGAAACAAAUAGAGACUUAUCGUCAAAGACUUGAAUUUUUACCUUUUCUACAAGCACGACUUCAGCAAAAGCACGACAGCCUUCCAGAAUUCAACGUCUCUUUCUCACUAAUUGGAACAGCUAAACCCACAAACGAAAGGUUCAGCAGACAAAGAAUUCAUUCUACUGAAGGUAAACAUUAACGAUGUCAAACCAGGGAAGAUUUAUUCCAAAGUCAUGGCUCUGGGAAAUCGCCUGAUGGGAGAGAUUGGAUUGUUGACACUUACACGACCGUUUACUGAUAAGACAUUGAUGAAUAUAGAUGUAGGACGACCAAAGGACAAGCCAUUUUUACAGAUUACAAACAUUCAAUUGUAUCAAGGUUCUUUCUUAAAAACAUUGCAUUAUUAUACGGUUAACAAGGCUAUCAUAUAUGAUUGCAAAAGCACUUAUUUCAAAGCUUGACUCAACGGAGUUUGUGUUGUAUAUCACAAUUCACUACGGGUGUAACGUAGGUUGUAAGAUCAAUAAAACUAGACAUUGAUUCAGUUCAACAUUGUGUGUUUAUUCACUGGGUGUUUCUAAUUUAGUACAGAGUUGGGCAUAUUUGGACUGCAAUUCAGCUAAUUCUUGCUGGAGUUGAGUCAUGGUGGAUUUGUUAGGUUUUUUGGGUUUCUUGAGCUGCUGUCGAUUCCCAUGCCGUUGAACCAGGAGCGCUUGAUAACUGUCUUGAUCUUCAGUGAGUUUCUUUUGUUCCUCCUGAAUCAUUUGGUCCAAAAUAACACAUUGGACUUGAUCAAAGGCCGCAUUGACAAUGUUCUGAGUUUCAGGUGAACUCAUCUUGGGAUAAGGUUUAAUAGAUUUUAUUCUUUGCGGAAAGGUUCCAUUCUUGAGAACCUUUCAUGGCAUGUUCACGGUACCGUAUCCUGGCUUUGAUGGUCAUGAGUUUCUGUCGAUACUGUUUCAACUUGGUCUUGACAGAUUUUUCUGAAGGUUCAGACUUAACAGGGGGUUCUUCGACAGUCAUAGUGUACAUGUUACCUCGAUGAGAUCGAACGUGUAAAUAAUAGCUGUAGACAUUUGUUCAUUCUAUUUAUAGCAUAGGGUGAGGUCUCCAAAAAGGUAUAAAAGACAGGUGAGUCCUAAUCGUAUCAUCAUUUCAUCACAAGCCAUCAUGUGGAGAGGAGGGUAUAGCGCCUGGACUCCCGCAGAACAACGAGAUUUAAGAGAGUUAGAGGCGGAACGUGCACAGAGAGACCUGAAUGAUACCCUGACCUCGAACGUUGAGAACCAGAAAGAAGAAGACAGUAAAGAACUAUCAUGGUUAGAAUUGGCGAUAGAUUCCCCUGUGUUUAACGUCACCUAUACUAGACUUAACGGAACAGAUUUGUAUGUGGUAGACCUGAAAGAAGUCUCUCCGAGAAAACCAGGGGUACGAAAUUGGGAUUUUGAAGUGGUGUAUCCUCUCUAUCAUGGAUUGAAUGACAUCAUUGAGGAGAGAAAAACACCAAGACAACCCUCAUUAAAGUAGAAGCCUCAUCAAGGGAACGUAUGAAUGUGACGUGUGCUUGUGAAUUCUCACCAGACGAGUGGUCUUAUACAACUAUGGAUGAAAUCACAGAAGCAUUAGCUAACGAGUUAACGAUGAAACAAAACUUAAACAGAGGACUGCUCAUGAAAAUUUCUUUACAUGAGGAGUAGCUGAUUGCAGUAAAAGUCUGCGACUAAAUUUGUAAUGUGUUGAAAAGUCUGCAAUUAAAGUUGUAAUAGGUUGGAAAAGUCUGCAAAUAAAAUUGGUUGAAAAGUGUGUCACUGUAGUUUAAUUCUAAUCACUGUCAACGCACAACAUAUCCUCAGGCACCCUACAGGCACUCCUCAGGCACCCCACAGGCAUCCUACAGGCACCCUUAGGAACCCUACAGGCACCCCACAGGCACCCAUCUUUUACUAUUAACCAACUAUGCAUAGUCAUCAUUUAUGUUAACACGUCGUUGAGUUAAGAUGCCUUACUGUAACAGACGAAUAUGUCCUAUCUGUUGCAAACCAAAUUUACUCUCAUUAAGUCAUCACUUAUCUCAAGUGCAUAACCUAUCCAGUGAUGAACGAGAACCCUGGUUAAAAUCAGCAGUAUUUUCAUCAUCAAAAUCAACUGGAUUAUCUUAUAUGCCCCCUUUUCCCUUUUUGGGAAUACCGUCACGGCGUUUGAGUAUUAACUCUCAACCACAACAGCCCCGGCAGCUUCCAAGUACUCCACAGCAACCACGAAAAGUAGCCAAGAUACAAGCAAGUCACUGUUUGGAGAUGAAACCCUACUCAGACUUUAAGUUUAACCACAUGUUCUCGAUGCUGGUGCUGGGACCGAGUCAGUUCGGUAAAACGUAUUUUGUGGAGCAACUCUUAACGAACAAUUGUGUCAAAUACCCUAGUAAGAAACACGGACGUAUUUACUGGUUUUACAAUCAGUGGCAAAGUCCUUGAAAUCAAAACUGGGUGAUGAGAUAGCUUUUACCCAAGGCUUACCGGACAUGAGUGAAGAUCUUAGCGAGAUCAACCCAAAGUUUAACAGUGUGUUGGUGUUUGAUGAUUUGAUGUCACAGGCCAUAGAAAGUUCCUUGUUAUCAUUACUGUUUACGCAAGGUCGACACCGUAAUGUUAGUGUAAUACUGUUAUUACAAAACAUGUUCAUGAAAGGGAAAUUUAAUACAUACAUCUCAAGAAGUGCCCAAUACAUGGUUCUGUUUCGCAGCCCAAGCGAUAGAAAGCAAAUUGACAUUAUCGCAGAGCGGAUUUUUGCAAAAGACCGGCCAAACUUUAUGGACGCAUAUGCGAAAGAAACCAAAAAGCCUUAUGGGUAUCUUUUGGUAGAUAAUCAGCCAAAGACAACAAUGGGUAAACAAGUGGUUACAGACGUGUUUGGUAUCUGUCAUUGCUAUCCCAACAUGACUACAAGUACCAAGGCGUUAUCAGUCCAGGAGAUAACCCUAUGUAAACCUGAAACGGUAACUCCAAAAAGGCCUAUAGAUCAGCCACAAGUGAAAUGCAAACAACGAAAACAAACUGAAUUGAAGCAGGCGACAUCAGCGAAACGUAAAGUCAAAACAAAACCAGUGAAACCACCAGUUAAGAGCAAGGAACUGAAAAGAAGUAGGCGACAUCAGCGAAACGUAAAGUCGAAGCAAAACCAGUGAAACCACCAGUUAAGAGCAAACGGCAAAAACGAACUGAAAAGAAGCAGGCGAAACCGAACGUCUAUAAACCUAGCUUUAUUGUAACACGAACAAAGGAGAAUCUGAGCUUUAAUGAGGAACAGUUUAACUCUGAUGAGGAUAGGUUGAAAAGCCCCCACAAUAGCCGUUGAGUACCUACCUACUCACGAAAAGAACUUUGGAGAUACUGUUCGCCGAUUGGACACAAUAAUACAACGCAUUUUUUGUGCCCAUUGAGGAGCCAGCAUUCGCUUGACCGUUUGGAAAUGGUCCGGUGAUAGUCGGUACCCAGGGGCUUUUCCGCCUGUGCUUGAAAACUUUCGUCGUGCCUUUUCUCCCGGCUCCACUGACCGCCCCCGGGGUCUCCCAGGAUGCGUACAUUCAUUCCAAAUCUAGAACGUUAGGUAUGUUUAUGCUCUUUCAGAAAUGCCAACUUUUUUAUCCAAACAAAGUAAAUUCCCCACCAAUCCACCAAUUUCCUUAAUUUUCGAUUUUUGGUCACGUGACAUGUCACGUUCAAGCACAAGAAAACCUCAAGAUUUAGUUUUGGGGGAAAGUUAUUUUGUUCUAAUCUAGGUCUCCUAGCGAGAGAUAUUGCUAACCAUUCAUUCGAACACACCUUUGAACCAGGCCUUUUAAAAACCCCUUGAGUGAUACCCUGAUUGAUUAGAUUGACUACCGUGUAGCAUGAAAAUUUUGCGGGUUCUAAUUUUUGCGAAUUUUGCGGAUUGACCUUGAUCCACAAAAAUUAGGUCCCGCAGAAAAAAAACCCGCAAAAUAAAACGCCGCAAAAGUUAACUCCCUUCAGUCAAAUUAAAAACUCUGCUUUUAAUGGACUUGUUGUGUAUGGUAGGGAUAGGCUUUUGUUUUGUUUUGCUGUUGUUCGGUCCCUUUGUGCAGUAAGAUAUUACAGUGAUUAGCGUAUUAUUCUCCAUUAAAUAUGUAAGUAGAGUGAACUUUGACUCAACAUACCGUAAAAUAAAAGUUGAAAAUACCAUAGUAAGGUUUCUUCCACUUAAAUAUUCUGCUACUUGAACAGAGAAUCGCAAAAAUUAGGUCCCACCAGAAAUUUUCAGUCAUCUCAAACCGCAAAAAUUUGUUCCCGCAAACCACAAAAAAUCGCCAAUCCGCAAAAUAAAACUCCCGCAAAAUUUUCAUGCUACACGGUAGUUGAGAAACCUUUUCAGAUUAACUUCUGGUUGAAAUGUUUGACGUCCAGGGAGACAACUGUCUCACGCUACUUUGCCAAAGUGCGCUGAUAAUUUUUGUCACCUUAUCAUAGCAGGUACUUACACCAUGACUUAAAUUGACGGUCUUUUUAGUUCCCCUGGUGCCAAAAUGAGGCAGAUAAAGAGGCGAGUGCGUAAAUAAAUUGUCCUUACAGCCACUUACAUUUAGUUCCUUUCAUUUUGAGUGAAAACAGCAACAACUACAACAACAAAUUUUGGGAGAACUCAUGCCAAGUAAUAAAGUAUCGUAACAGUUGGUCACUUUCUCCCUUUUAGGGGGUUCUCCAUAUCCACGAAUGGAUGGCAGGAAGAUUGUAAGCUUACUUCAGGACGGAUACAGGAUGCCUAAACCACAACAUGUUGAUGAUGAACUGUAAGUUAUUCUGUGUCUGCUUCAUGGCUUUCGAAACGUUUUAUUCCUAUACUAAUUACCUCUCUCCAUACCAUUAAUAUCUAAUACGAUCCUUAAGGA